ACUGCCCAGGAGAACAGGCUUGAGAACCUCCUGGGCACACGAGCACACAACAACCCACUCCAUCACCUGGGAGCUCUGUGAAUCACCACAGGGAAAGAUCUGUGUCAGGAGGGAGAAGCUGAAAAAUGAGGAUUGUUCUGGUUUGGAUGCUUUUCCCCGGUAUCUGGGCAGUAUCGGGUCCCUCGCAGGUGACAGCCCAUUGGGGCAGCUCGCUGUCGGUGUCCUGCAGCUAUCAGCAGGGCUACAAGCUCCACUCCAAGGUCUGGUGCAAAACAUACUUUUUCAAGAUCUUCUGCACCUACAUGGCCCAAACCGAUGGCUCAGAGGCGGCGGUGACACAGGGCAGGGUGUCCAUCAGGGACAACCACACAGCACUCGCGUUCACAGUGACGAUGAGAGAUGUGACGGCGAAGGACACGGGGUGGUAUUCCUGCGGGGCAGUGAAGUCCCUGUGGAACAAUCAGUGGCACAAAACCGAGGUGCUCGUGUCCAAGGCCACAGCUGAGGCCAGCGAUGUGCGCCCAUUGGCAAAGACAGCCCCGUCCCCCACUGGCUCUGAAGAGCCUCCAGCGCUGUCCCAGCUCGACAUCACCCUCCUGCUGCUCUUCCUCGGUGUGAAGGUGCCUGUGAUCCUGGCCCUGCUGUGCGGGGCCAUGUGGCUGAGGAAGCGGCACAGGAGCUGCAGCCCGUGGGAUAACCUGCAGCAAUCUGAGAAGUCCAGCAGCACCGCGGCACCGGGCAGCCCAGACCCCCAGCAGCCCGACCCCCCGGCAGCCCAGCAGCAUCCUUCUGGUCCCCUUCCCUACACCCUGCCAGGGCUGAACCACUGGAGAUGCUCAGCAUCAGGCAGCUCUCUCUCUGCAAAGCCUCAGCCCCUCCUGCUGCCCUUCAGGUUGCACAAGGGAAGGGUUGGUGUGCGGAGAUCCCAUGUCUGCUGAGCUGGAGGAGCCACCAGAAAGCAAUCUUGAAACAAAGCCUGGGUAUCCUGCA